AUGUCAACCAAACAUGCCGACACAAUAAGCGCAGCGCUGCAGAUCAUCUUUGGGGUUGCUGGUAUCCUUAGUGUGGUUGUUGCCUUGUUUAGUCUGCAUCACAGAGACUCCCUCAUAUUUGUGUUGUGCCGCCGGCUAAGAAAUGAUCGGGUAGAGACAACAUACGAAAUGGAUGAAGAAACUGGGUCUUCUAAUAGCACCAUUGUCAAUAAA